AUGCUUUAUACAACAGAAUACUCGGAUGGUCAACAACAACAACUCAACGAUGAUGAUGAUGAGGAAGAGAGUGCCCUGUGCAUCCACUCGCCAUCUUAUGGUAGUACAACCAUUCAUCAUUCACCUCCUCCACCUCCUCCACAAGCAUUUGUUAGCAUGGAUCAUCCUUGUCGUCGUCCAUCCAAGCCAUCUACAGACCUUGUAUUGCCAGCUCUUGAUCCAAAGGCACAAGAAGUGGCAGCUGCUAUCGUGCCAGAACUGCACCCGCCACGCCAUCAUUUUUUGCGUAAAAAACGACAGCAGGUGAACCUUAGUACCAUUCGAGCAAAUUAUCAAUCAAGUCGCUCCCACAUACGCGAGGAAUAUCACUCAAACGUUUGCGGGUUCCUUGACGAUCUUUAUUUUCACUUGUCAAUCUACUUUUCUAUGCUAAAGUCGAUCCUCUUUGCCAACCAAACCAUCGUAUUGUUUGUGAAUCUCGAUCUAAUGAUCGACUUGUUAAUGUGUAUAGCGUAUUUGGUGGAAAUGAAGCAAGGCUAUGACACGGAUCUAUCGCCGGCAUGGCUUUUCAAACGUCGAUCGCAUGGCCUAUGGUCGUUUUGCCAAGUCCUUUCCUUGUGGAACAUGUGCUCAUAUGCAAUCCGAUUCUACAUUAGCCGAUAUCCAUUGUCCGUACUCUUUAGCUUUCGAGGGCUGAUUGAAUUGUUGACGUCCAUCCCGUUUCUCCUAUCACGCUUGAUCCCAAAUGGCCAAUACAUCUAUGUUCCAUACUUUCUCCGCAGUUGGGUUUUUCUGUUAAGAAUCAAGAGCGCAUUAAAAAUCAAGGUUACGCUGCGAAUGACGGACAAGUCGAUGGAUGCACUCCAAUACAAACAAGUCUACCUUAUUGGCAACAUUGUGAUCCUCUUGUAUAAUGGCAUGGCGGCGUUUCAGUACUCUGAAGCCGUUUUUGGUCAUAUCCAUUACGAUGUUUUGGAUUCCUUAUUCAUGGUGGUAGUGACCUUGUCAACGGUGGGAUAUGGAGACAUCACGCCGUCGGCAGCAAGUAGCCGAAUUGUUAUCAUGUUAUUGAUCCUCAUCACUGUGGCAGUGAUCCCGAGUCUUAUCUCUGAUCUUUUGGAUACGAUGCAAAAGCGAGAUGUGACAGGUGGCCAAAUCAUCAAGGAUGCUGAUCCAUUCAUUUUGAUUGUGGGUACAUUUACGGUGCAACAAGCAAAGGAAAUGCUUGAUGGAUUUCUUAAUACGGAUAACGUGGAUGAGCGGUUAUCGGUGGUCUUUUUGGAUACCAAGCCAUUAACCGAUGAGCUGAAAUUAUUGGGCCGUAACUCUGUAUGGGGCCAUCGUAUCCAUUUUCUCCACAGCAGUGUAUUGGAUGAAAAAACAUUGCAGCGUGCACAAUCUCGAAGGGCAAAAGCUAUCUUUUGCAUCUCAGACAGCAAUGCACCCGAUCCAGUAAAGGAAGAUGAACGCAAUACGGUCCGCCUAUGGUCUAUGCAUUGCUAUACGGCCCGGCAUAGCGUGCCAAUAUACACAUACAACUUGUCACCUAUCACAGCCAUAUACCAAGAGGUUGCCAAGGAAGUUAUUUGCGUUCGUCAAUUCAAUCAAUACCUGCUGGCACUUAAUUGCCGAUGUCGAGGUGCAUCCACGUUCCUCACAAAUCUACUUCACCAGCGUGAUCCAUUGAAUCAAUAUGAUGCACCUUGGGAAGCACAAUAUGAUGAUGGUUCCUGUAAUGAGAUCUACACUGCUCCAGCAGCUGCAUGCAUUGUCGGAAUUAGCUUUAGUCAUGCUGCAUGGUUGCUGUACAAGGAGCUUCAAGUGAUUUUGUUUGCUGUGCGCACAUUGGAUAGUGAAAUCAUUCUUAAUCCCGCGGCGAGUGGCUACACUAUUCAACCAUCCGACGUUUGUGUAUACAUUGCACAAAGUUCAAAAGAGAUCCGCUCCAUUGCUAGCCUGAAUACAGUAUACUUGUGCCAAAUGGCGCGAAUGCGAGAUUACAGCAUGGCUUCGCGACAUCAACAACAAAAAUAUCAGCCAGCACCUUCUAUUGACCCAUCUCCACCCGAUACCCUACCCACCACCAAACCUUCAGCAAUCUCAGCCCCAUCUAGACAGCGAUAUCAGCUUUCACGCCUACCAUCGUCGAGCCAUUCUUUGCUUAGUGGCAUCAGCGUGGGUGGCACUUUUCCUAUCAAGUUGUCACAGCCGCAUGAUUCACCAGCGGCUAAGACAGAAGACCACGGCGAUGAUGAUGACGAUGAUAUCGAUUUACCAUUGCCAAACAAGUUACCCUUAAUGUGUCAUUUGCUCGAGAAGCCUGCAAAUCUAAAAGACAUCACGAUCCAUAAAGCAUCCGGCAUGCGUGGGCAUAUCUUAGUGUGCAUGCAACAAGAGUUCAUCAAUAUUUUCAAAUUCAUAUACAACUUAAGGUCAUCACACGUGCAACAAAAUGAAUUGCAAGACAUUGUCAUCCUAUGCUCACAACUCCCAUCCGAAAAAGCAUUCCAUCCCAUAAGUUUAUUUCCCCGUGUAUAUAUAAUGGAAGGCAACUGCCGCCAGCCCGACGAUCUCCUUCAUGCUGGUAUCAAGAGAGCCAAGCAAGUCGUUGUCAUGAGCGAAAAGGAAAGCGCUGAUGGUCAAGAAACCGAUAGUGCUGCUAUCAUGACCAGCCAUAUUAUUCAUCUGCUUUUGCAUUCACGUAGGCAAGAUUCAUAUACAAUUGUGAAUCUUGUUGAGCGUAGCAACAUCAAGUUUAUGCAUCUUUUACAAGGCAAGCAGGUCGAUGAUGAAGAAAUCGAUGUAUUUUAUACCCCGGCCUAUGCUGCAGGCGAUGUGGUGGCCGAAAGUCUUAUUAGCAAUGUGCUACUAAGUCAAACGUAUUCCAAGCCUGAAAUUGUCCAGGUGAUUCGGGCAAUGAGUGGGAUGCCGAUUAUCCAUCAUAGCCAUUUGACCUCGCAUUUGGGAUACUCGUCAUCACAUAAAACCGAAUACACGACUACUAGGCAUCAGCAGCAUACAUCAUCCACACCAAAAGCGCCCACAUGUCGAUUUGCAAGCAUGCCAGUACCCGAUUCAUUUGUGGGCAAGACGUUCGUUGCCUUGUUUGAAGCUUGGCUCUUUGACCACGGUAUUUUGGCGCUAGGCUUAUUCCGUGCACCUACAUCGGCAUUCGGGAACGAGUUGCCGUUUGUGUAUUCAAAUCCAGUACCAUCGUUAAUGCUUCUAGCAUCCGAUCAUGUUUAUGUACUAGUGGCUCAACAACAACCAUGA